UCUCGAUCGACCUAGACGACCGCGAGCUCAGGCGGCGGGCCCAACAUGGACCCGUUCUCGAGUCCUGAAGACGACGCCAACGCAGGCAACAUCUGGUUCGGUCCUCCAGAUGGCUACGUCGAGCCGUCGUGGCCCGGGUUGUACGUCCUCGGCGUCGAACCCGCCCAGUACCUGUACAGCCCCGAGCAGAUCUGGCGCUUCACCCUGUACGACACGCUCGUCCUCUUCGGCACCGUCUACUUCCUCGCCGGGUGCCUGUGCGGCGCCAACUUUAGCCGGCGCCACCCUCGCCUCGCCCUCGUCGCGCCCGCCGCCUUCAGCCUCGUCGGCAUGACGCUCGGCUUCGUGUCGGCCACCAUCGUCGGGUACGCGCUCGCGGCGCUGUACAACGCGGCGUUCCUGCGCAUGAGCUGCUUGAUCCCGGCCGUCUGGAGCCUCGUGCAGCUCUUCGUCCUCAUCCUCGCGAGCAUCACCAUCCAGUCGGGCACGCCUCACCUCGCUCGCUCUCCACCGGCCGUUGCCUCGCGCACCUGCGCCCGCCUCGACGCCUCUCGAUUCGACUCGACCUCGCCCCAGUUGCGCCAACGCGCCCCGUCGCCGUUCGACCGGCCCCGAACCUUUUCCUCGAGCUUGUGA